AUGCCGCCGUUCAACCUAGAAACCUGCGCGCGACCCAACAUCCUGGCGCUGCAGCCGUACCGCUGUGCACGAGAUGACUACAAGGACGACGGCACCAACGUGCUCCUCGACGCCAACGAGAACGCCUACGGACCGUCCCUCGACCCAGCCGCUGUCGAGCACGCCCGCUCGUCCCUCGGCGGCCUCGAUCCGCUCGGCCUGCACCGAUACCCCGACCCUCACCAGCCCGAGCUGAAGCAGCUGCUCUGCAGGUUGCGCAACACGCAUGCCCACACCCCCAAGGCCAUCGGCCCCGAGAACCUGUUCGUCGGCGUCGGCAGCGACGAGGCCAUCGACGCCCUGCUGCGCUGCUUCUGCGUCCCCGGCAAGGACCGCAUCUUGACGUGCCCCCCGACAUACGGCAUGUACGCCGUGUCCGCCCAGGUCAACGACGUCGACCUCGUCAAGGUGCCACUCACGCCCGCCCCCGAGUUCGCCCUCGACGUCCCCGCCGUGACCGCCGCCCUGUCCAGCGAGCCCGGCAUCAAGUUGGCCUACUUUUGCUCCCCCGGCAACCCUACCGGCUCCCUCCUCGCCAAAGAACAUGUAGUCCAGGUCCUCAACCACCCGACCUGGAACGGCGUCGUGAUCCUCGACGAGGCAUACAUUGACUUUGCGCCCCGGGACUCGUCCCUCGCCGAGCUCGUCGCCGAGUACCCCAACCUUGUCGUCAUGCAGACCCUGUCCAAGGCCUUUGGCAUGGCCGGCAUCCGCCUCGGCGCCGCCUUCACCUCCCCGCCCAUUGCCCGCAUGCUGAACAGCAUGAAGGCCCCGUACAACAUCGCUAGCCCCACGAGCGCGCUUGCGCAAUCUGCGUUGGGGGACAGGGGCCUGGCCGUCAUGAGGGCAAAUCGAGCCAAGAUUGUGGCCCAGCGGGAACGGCUGAUUCAGGAACUGCCCAAGAUUGAGGGCGUGGGCAGGCAAAGAGGUGGAACCGCAAGUAACUUUUUGCUCUAUGAGAUUUUGAACACCCUAGGAAAACCGGACAACUCCACGGCUGUUGCAGUGUAUGAGAAGUUAGCCGAACACAAGGGCGUGGUCGUUAGAUUUAGAGGCAAAGAGCACGAUUGUUUGGGGUGCCUGCGCAUCACUGUUGGUACCGAGGACGAGGUGACCAAAUUUCUAGACUCAUUACGCAAUGCUUUGAUCGAGGUGAGAGGCGUAUCUGGUAAAUAG